AUGGACAACAUACUCGGUUUUCUUAUUCUCUGCGGUAUCGCUUUUUCUAGUGCCGCGCUGCCGCAGGAAGAUAUCCUUAAUAAUUUCCAAAGGGUAAAGCAGCUCCGUCAUUUAGGUUUUGAAUUCGCCGACUUCUUUCAAAAUGUAACUCUCAGUGAUAUAAGCUUGGCAGAUCCCCGACUGCCCACUGAGGAGGAUAUGUUGUGUCUUCGGGACUUGACUCUGUUUUCAAGUGCUCUAGGCAAUGGCCAAAUGUGGGCCUUGAAAAUGAUCGAUGCAUGGGGUUCCAUACCCUCUGGCCUUCUAACCGGCAACAUGUAUGACCUGGGAAACUACGACGAGUGCCUCAAUAUCAACAAGGAUAUCAUCGAGGGCGUCAGCAUUCAAGGAAAAUACUGUUUCCUAGAAACUGCUCCAAGUGCGAUUCUCGCGAAAAUAUACAAAAUAAGGACAGCCACUUGCUUUCCCGCCUCUUGCUCGGCAGCUCAUAUGAACCUAUUUGUGACCACGGUUAUGCAAAGAGUUCUUGGCUUUAGCAUUCCAAGCACCACAAUGGGUAUCAGUGAUGACAGCUGCCAGACGAGUGAAAGUGAACCAUGGGAUGCACUCACUAUUUUCACAGUUGUGCUCCUAUCACUAAUGGGUGCCUUAGUGGCUGUCUUUACGCUCUACGAUUACUUUCUGUGCAAGAAUCAAAAUCAGCUUCCCGCUAUAGUGAAGGCGUUUUCGGCCAGGGCCAACUCUCGAGCUCUAUUCCGAGUCGUGGGAAGUAACUCCAACCCGAAUGUUAUUGACUGUCUUCAUGGCAUCCGGUGCUUGACUCUCUUCUGGGUUAUUUUCUGCCACGAAUACUCACUUAAACUUCUCUCGCCUAAUCUGAACCUUACGCAUAUUGUGCCGUGGGCUGAGCUACCAUACACUAGUUUUGUGUUACACGGCCACUUUUCAGUGGAUUCCUUUUUCUUCCUCGGCGGUUUGCUGGUGUCAUUGCUUUCACUGCGCUCAAUGGAUAAAACCAAGGGAAAACUGCCAAUACUCAAGAUGUAUCUUCAUCGUUUGAUCCGAAUCUUUCCUAUUUUGGCCGUGGCUAUUUUGGUCUACACCAAACUCAUGACUGUCGUGGCAGACGGACCUCUACUUCGAAGCGGUUACAGCGGCAAAGCGGACUGUGAGGCCGGCUGGUAUUGGACCUUGUUGUUUGUGAAUAAUUACACAAAUGCAAAGUGUCUUGGUCACUCCUGGUACUUGUCGGUGGACAUGCAGCUGUACAUCAUCUCGCCGAUCCUUCUGAUCGCUGUAUUCAAGUGGGGCAAGAAGGCAGCUGCUGCAAUAUUUGUCCUCAUAAUCCUACUCUCUGGCUGCCUCUUUGCCACGAUGAUGGUCAACAACCUUUCCAUGUUGUUAAAAAGCACCACUACGGAUGCCAUGCAGAAACUGUACUACCCCACUCAUGUACAUGCCACUCCUUGGCUUAUUGGGUUCAUAUUUGGGUACUUCCUGCACGUGACUAGAGGCAAGAAGUUCCAGCUUAGUUGGUUGUCCGUGGGCUUAGGAUGGAUUCUCUGCCUGGCCCUGAUUUUCACCUCGAUCUUCGCCCUCUAUCCGAAUGCAAAGUGGACUGCUGCACCCCUGUCGACCUUGGCGGAGUCAUUCUACUACACCCUCACCAGAGUGGGUUGGCCUUUAGCUCUCUGCUGGGUGGUCUUCGCCUGCAUGCAAGGAUACGGGGGACUGGCCAAUAGCUUUCUUUCCUCUCCGCUUUGGCAGCCCCUCUCCAGACUCUCCUACUCCAUCUUUAUUUGGCAUUUAUUUAUCGUAGAGAUAAAUGCUAGAAAUUUUAGGACGAAUUCCUAUUUCUCCGAUUACCGAGUGAUUCUUCAAUGGUGGUCAGAUAUUGGUAUUUCCGCAUUAGUUUCCUAUUUGCUGUAUCUAAUCAUUGAGGCGCCUUUAGGUGGACUGGAUAUUUUUCUGCGGCCGCAGAUUAAACCAAUCGAUGUGAAAAAUCCUGACUUUCAUUCAGAUCAGACUCAGCAGGGUCAGAUAUAUGAUAACGCUUCUAGUGAAAUGGAAGGAGCUGGAACAACUUAUCCAAAACAAACCGAAUAG